UUCUUCUGACUGGCGUCUCAUCCGGCAGCAGGUUGUCCUACAACAUGGCGGCCCGUGUCCUGCAGCAGUGUGUCCGCUCGCUCGCCCGGCCCUCGCUGAGGCUCUGCCCGGUUAGCGCCGCGCUCAGAGCGGCCGUCGCACCGGCGGUCGGCGUCCACCGACCCGUGUCCUUCGCCGCAGACAGCCGGAGGACGCGGUGGCUGGGACAGAGCAGGAUCUCGUCGGUGGUCGUGUUGUGCCGACAGUACGGCGACCUGCCGCCUCUCACCCUAGAAACCAUCAAAGACCGCGUCAUGUACGUGCUGAAGCUCUACGACAAGAUCAACCCAGAAAAGCUCCAGGAAACGUCCCAUUUCAUGAAAGAUUUGGGCUUGGACAGCUUGGACCAGGUGGAGAUCAUAAUGGCCAUGGAAGACGAGUUUGGCUUUGAGAUCCCAGACGCCGAAGCAGAGAAGCUCAUGAGUCCAGAGGAGAUUGUACAGUACAUUGCAGACAAGAAGGAUGUUUAUGAGUAAUAUUUCAAAGCCAGAGUGGCGUCCGCUCCAUGGGAAGUACUUGCGGAGCAGGUCGGCACCAGUUUUUCCACUUCAGCCCCCCCCGUCAGCUCUUCAGUACAUCGUGGCGACGUCUGGAUCGCCCGCCCUGUCUCAUCUGUCACUGUAUUUAAAAAAAAAAAAUGAACGUGUGCUUGGGAGCCUGGUUAUUAAAAACCCUCUUAAAAGAGCAUCCAUCACAGCCCUGAUUUUUAUUUUUAUUUUCUCUCUUCAGGUUCCAGCCUGUGAUAUUGAUGUAUAAGUUUCUCAUGAAUAGAUGAAUAAAGGCAGGAUGUACGGUUCUGUGAA